GCGCGGCGAUGAUGGGGCGUGAGCUAGGAGACACAACCUCGGGUUUACGCCUGCGCAGCGGGGGUGAGUUGGGAAAAGCAAGGAGACUACAAGUUCCGAGAAGCAACGCAGCAAGACCCAAGUCGGGAAUGUUUGCGCCUGCGCGUCGCGGGCGGGGCCUCUGGGGCGGAGCGGCCACCAUCUUGGAACGGGAGGCGGAGCAGAGCUGACUGGGAGCGACCGAGCGGGCCACCGCCGCCGCCAUGAACCCCGAAUAUGACUACCUGUUUAAGCUGCUUCUGAUUGGUGAUUCGGGCGUGGGCAAGUCAUGCCUGCUUCUGCGGUUUGCUGAUGACACAUACACAGAGAGCUACAUCAGCACUAUCGGGGUGGACUUCAAGAUCCGAACCAUUGAGCUGGAUGGCAAAACCAUCAAACUUCAGAUCUGGGACACAGCUGGUCAGGAACGGUUCCGGACCAUCACUUCCAGCUACUACCGGGGGGCUCAUGGCAUCAUUGUGGUGUACGAUGUCACCGACCAGGAAUCCUACGCCAAUGUGAAGCAGUGGCUACAGGAAAUUGACCGCUAUGCCAGUGAGAACGUCAAUAAGCUCCUGGUGGGCAACAAGAGCGACCUCACCACCAAGAAAGUGGUGGAUAACACCACAGCCAAGGAGUUUGCAGACUCUCUGGGCAUCCCCUUCCUGGAGACGAGUGCCAAGAACGCUACCAAUGUCGAGCAGGCAUUCAUGACCAUGGCUGCUGAGAUCAAAAAGCGGAUGGGGCCUGGGGCAGCCUCAGGGGGUGAGCGGCCCAACCUCAAGAUUGACAGCACCCCCGUGAAGCCGGCUGGUGGUGGCUGUUGCUAGGAGGGGCACAUGGGGUGGGACAGGAGGGGGCACUUUCUCCAGAUGAUGCCCCUGGAGGGGACAGGAGGUGCCUCCCUGUCCUGGGGCAUUUGAGUCUGUGGCUUUGGGGUGUCCUGGGCUCCCCAUCUCCCUCUGGCCCAUCUGCCUGCUGCCCUGAGCCCCGGUUUUGUCAAGGCCCCCAAGGGAGGACACCCAGGACCUUUGGCUGGGGUGGGGAUGUGGGCUUGCUCUGCUGCUGCCUCUAGGUAACUUUAAAAGGUACCCCACCACACACCUUUCUUUGGGAUGAGGGCUCCUCUGUUCCCCUCCCUUGCCCCCCAUGUAUGCUGCAGUGGGUUUCUCUCCUUACCCUUUUUCCUUCCCACCCCACCCCCCACCCCCCCUUCCCCAAGAGCUGAGAGCCUCCCUGGCCGCUGCAGCCCCUGUCAGCAGUCAGCACCCAGGGCCAGGAAUGGGACCAGGGGAUCCAGGACCCAGGAUCCAGGGCCCUGGGCUGGACCUCAGGAAGGGCAUGGGGGCCACAGGGGCCCAGCAGCCCACCCUUUCCUCCCUGCCUCCCCUCCCCGCCCCUUCCACACUUCACAGCUCGAGCCGUCCAGCUGCGGUGGGGUCUGAGCACAUCUAGAGCAGGUGGGCGGGCAGCCAUGCUGGGCCUGUGUCUUGAGCCCAGAGGGAGCCUGCUCCUGCCACCCCCUGCCCUGCCAGAGCCAGGCCCAUGUGCUGCCUGCCCACCGUGCCCCUUUGUCCCCAAGGCAGGCAGAGGCGGAAGGCCCACCGUGCCAGAGGCCGGGCGCCAGCCUUAACCCUCACUCUGCCAGCACCUCCCUGUCCCUGAGGCAGCACAUCUGGCUUAUUCUCCCCCUUCUGUUCUUGGAAACCUGUGAGGGCAGGUCCUCAUACCCUGGUGCUGCUUCUCCUCUGGGGAAUGUGGGUGCAAACCCAGGGUUGAGGGCCUCCCCCCCCCCCCCCCCCCCCCCCCCAACCGGGAUCCUAGCCCCCUGCCCUCUGGCACAGCUUCUUCCUGCAGAAAAACAAACCUUUGGUCUCUACCUGAGAAGCCAUGUCCCUUGUGCUGUCUCUCGCCUGUCCCAUCUGUGCCCUGCCCUCCAGCUUGUAUUUAAGUCCCUGGGGUGCCCCCCACUCCCAGGUUCCCCUCUGGUGUCAUGUCAGGCGUUUUGCAAGGAAAAGCCACUUGGGGAAAGACAGAAAGGACAAAAAAUAAAUAAAUUUCCACUGGCCCUCCGGUGAGCCGAGGGUUUUUGCAAGGAA